AUGCCCAAGUGUGACAACUGUGACAAACUAAUAGCCAAGAAAUCCACUAUUCUCGAGUGCAACACAUGCUCAAAAACUGUGCAUGCUACCCAGGCCUGCACCAGACUAACAUCUAAGCAAUUAGCAGCACUGCGCAACACUGAGAAUCUGGAAUGGACCUGCGAAGUUUGUCGCCGUGAAACUCCAAGGCAAAGGUCAUUUGUCAUACAAGAGGAGGAAGAGGAAGACGACGAAGAACUAUUAUUAACACAGGGAACUGACAGCGGAUCCAACGCGAUGAAAAAGUUACUAAGCGACAUAUCAUUCGAGGUUAAAAAAGCAGUAAAGAAAGAAAUAGGCUCAGUAAAUGAAGCGCUCAGCUCUUGUUGUCAAAAAAUGGAUGGAAUAAUGGACACUUUAGCGACAAUUAGCGGAAAAAUAAAAGAACUGGAAAACAAGAAUACAUAUUUAACAAACCAAAAUAAACAUCUAGAGCUGAAAAUCGAUGCUAUGGAACAAUACAUUGGAAACCUUGAGCAAAAACAGCUUAAUAACACAUUUGAAGUCGCAGGAGUACCCGAAAUAAAAGACGAAAAUACGGAAAUUAUCCUAAAUACACUAGCAACGAAGUUAAAUAUUGUAAAAAAAGAAAUAACUACAGUUAAAAGAUUAAAGGGGAAAAAUGGAAAGGAGGGCGUGAUCCAGGUAUCUUUCAAACAGGAGGAACAAGUGGACCAGUGGAUAAAAGCAGCAAGAAAAGUAACUAUACUUGCAGAGGACAUCGUUUCCUGUCCAGAUCCUGCUACAGCAAGAACAAAGAUAAUGAUACGACGUGCCCUAUCCAGUGCAAAUAAAACCCUUCUGUGGCAAGCAAAGCAAAAACUUAAGGUUACUUAUAAAUAUAUAUGGUUCCAGGGCGGUAGAAUUUUAGUUCGUAAGAAUGAUAACGAUAAGCCUGUGAUCAUCCGAAACCUAAGUGACAUUGACAAAAUGGCGGUGGAGCAUAUUGUAAGUCGAUAG